AUGGCGCGGCAGCUGGCCCGGGAGCAGGGCAUCACCCUGCGCGGGAGCGCCGACAUCGUGGCCGAGUUCUUCUCCUUUGGCAUCAAUAGCAUUUUAUAUCAGCGGGGCAUUUAUCCGGCCGAAACCUUUACUCGAGUGCAGAAGUACGGACUCACCCUGCUUGUAACCACGGAUCCUGACCUCAUGAAAUACCUAAGCAAUGUGGUGGAGCAGCUGAAAGAUUGGCUGUACCGGUGCUCGGUGCAGAAACUGGUGGUGGUCAUCACGAACAUUGAGAACGGGGAGGUCCUCGAGAGAUGGCAGUUUGACAUCGAGUGUGACAAGACUGCCAAAGAUGACAGUGCACCGAGAGAAAAGUCUCAGAAAGCUAUCCAAGAUGAAAUCCGCUCAGUGAUCAGACAGAUCACAGCUACUGUGACCUUUCUGCCCCUGUUGGAAGUUUCCUGUUCAUUCGAUCUGCUCAUCUACACUGACAAAGAUUUGGUUGUGCCUGAAAAGUGGGAAGAGUCAGGACCCCAGUUCAUUGCCAAUUCGGAGCAGGUCCGUCUGCGGUCCUUCACCACCACCAUCCACAAGGUGAACAGCAUGGUGGCCUACAAGAUCCCCGUCCACGACUGAGGGGCCGAGCGCCGCGUGGGCCCACGUGUGUCCUGUCUCACUGAGUAGUUUUUAGGUGGAGAACUUGACAGUACCCUGGCUGAGCUGUGCACGGUGUUCAGGGCUUUGGCACCUGUUUGGCUUUCCGUGGGUCUGAUGUCAUGUUUGCGCCCUGUUCAGAGGAGCCAGCAGGUCACAAAAGCAGUCAGUCCCUUUGAGGGUGGUAACUGGAGAUGAAGAACUUUUGCUAUAAAGAAAACUCAGUGCUUCUAACCCAGACCAAGUAGCUUGACUCGGAAUGUAGGUCAGUGUGAAACAGCAAGAGAAGUCUGGCGUUCAGAAUCUUUGUUUAGUCCUAAAGUAACAGGUCAUCCACAGUCACAGAACAUCCCAGAAGACUCUUGCCGUUUAUUUCAUUUGUAUAGUUUCCAUGUUGAAAAAGAUCUCCAGUUAUUUGAUUUUAAUGUAUAUAAUUUUCUUAGAAAG